AUUAUGAGAUCAAAUUCGUCAGCUUAUACACCAUAAAAUCCCGAAGUCUUUCACAAAGGACACAUCCAUUUCUUUGAUUUGUUAUCAUCAUUUCACGGUUUGGAGGAUUAGCCCGACUAUCCAGUUUAAUAAUAAACAAUUUAAGAUAAGCUGAGACAUCAAUAUCUCCAUGAUAAUAAUUGGGAAGAUAGUAAAGCAAUUUUAUUAUGAUUAGAACUAUGUUACAGAACAUGCUUCAAAAUCUAAGAAAAGGACUAUGUUUAAUUCUGUUUAGACAAGAAAUGUCAAGGUGCAUCUUAUUUGAAAGCAGCUCAAGUCUUGGGAUACGUUAAAUCUGGAAAUCCUACACCAAAAGCUCAUGGACAUCAUCAUCAUUGAUAUAGCAUU